AUGUCAGAAGCCAAUAUCAUUCAGCAAGUAGCAGCCGAAGCAUUCAACGAAUUGUUUUACAAUUUCAAUUUCGACAUUCCUGAUUGUGUUUCUAAUGAACUUUCGAAUAAUGACUUGAACCCAGUCUCACCAAAAGAAGGAACAUCAGCAAAUGUAUCAACUCUAGAUGAAAGUUAUAUCGAUCAAUUAAUUGAUUUAGAGUUAAGAAAUGUGCCUUCUUCAUUAGGAUUAGUUUGGAGUAAACUCUCCAAUGCUAAUGAAUUUCUAUUCGAAACAAAAGCAAGCAAUUCCAGUCAGCAAACUAAUAGAAAUGUAUCAUUCACCACUCCAGCACCUAUUUCUUCCAACAUUUGUCCAGUAAAUGACACCAACAAACAUCAAUCACUUUCGAAUAUUUCAAAUACGAAUCCUAAUUACAUUUCUUUCCACAUCCCAGAAUCUUCUUCUUUCCAUAAAAACAAAGAUCCCAAAAAGAAGGAAAAUAUCAAAAGAAAAUUACCUGCCAAAUUAUCGUGUCAGAUUUUCCCACAACAAAUUCGAAGAAAUUGA